CUUCAGUGACUCCUCCAACUCAACUUCACCCACCACCCACACCCAACCCACCCCACCUUUCUAUCUUUCAUCCCUCUUCCCUCUUCCUUUUUUUUUCUUCUUCUUCAUUUAUAGACAAUAGACUUGCUUGUUACCUCACAUAGACAAAACCAAAACCGCCCUUCCCUCCCCAACCCAAACAAAAAAAAAAAAAAACAACAAAAAUGCCCCCCAUCCCGAUAACAAUCCUAACCGGCUUCCUGGGCUCCGGCAAAACGACCCUCCUCCUAAAUCUGAUCCCCCAACUACCGACUCACUACCGACUGGCGCUCCUCAAAAACGAAUUCGGCGACGUCGCCAUCGACAGCCAACUCGCGACCACGCAAUCCAUCUCGGGGGUGCGCGAGCUCCUCAACGGCUGCAUCUGCUGCAACCUGGUCGGGCAACUCAGCGACGCGCUCUUCCAACUCCGCGAUGAAGUGUGCCCCGACCGCAUCGUGAUCGAAACCUCCGGGUCCGCGUUCCCCGCCACCCUCGCGAUGGAGGUCAACCGGCUUGCGCGCGAGAAUCCGGGAAGUUUUGCGCUGGAUGGCGUGAUUAGCGUGAUUGAUGUGGAGAAUUGGGAGGGGUAUGAGGAUACGAGCUAUACGGCGAAGUUGCAGGCGAGGUAUACGGAUUUGAUCAUCUUUAAUAAGUGGGAGGGGGUGGACGAGAUGCGGUUUGAGGUUUGUUUGGAUCGGGUGGGUGAUUUGGAGGUGCAGACGCCGUGGGUGAAGAGUGUGAGGGGCAGGGUGGAGAAGGAUGUUUUGUUGGGGAUCGAUGGGGCGUUGUUCGAUAAGGAGGGGGAUGGAAAUGGUCAUGGUCAUGGUCAUGAUCAUGAUCAUGCGCAUGACCACGACCACGGGGAGCAUGGACAUCAGUCGGAGGUGGAGGUGCUUUCGGUCACCCUGAAGGCGAAGGAGGAGGGAGGGGUGGUCGAUGUGCAGGCUUUGGAGAAGUUGCUGCUUGCUGCGCCCAAGGAUGAGGUUUACCGGAUCAAGGGCAUUAUGCGGUGCUCGACCAAGUCUCCCCCUGCUGAGUCGUCGGAUGAUCUGGACGGAGAAAGAUCCGUGGAGUCGGCGGUGGAUGGUCAGUCAACGCGCCAUUAUAUUCUGAACUGGGCCUUUGGACGGUGGACGUUUACACCCUCGGAUGCUGUGGCUCAGGGCGCGGAUCCGGUGGUCCUGGCUAGAAUCACGCUCAUCUUGGCGCGGUAUGAGUCCGGAAAGUGGAAGAAGAAGUUGGAGGCCGGUGGGCUUGUCCAGGGUGGGGAAGGGAGUGAGGGUGCGGAGUUGGUGGUUGAGAGACUGGUGUAGAGGGUGGGUUCUUUUGCUUUGAGAUUCGAUGCAUUGGAGCUGGCUCUGCAUCUGACAAUACCUGCUGGAUGCUGGUUGGGUUAUACAUUGUACAUGCUUUUUUUGACGACGAUGAUGAUGAUGAUGAUGAUAGUGACGGGGAUACGAUAGAUGUCAGUAGUAACUAGACAGGCUAGUUAGAUUAGAAAUAGAUGAAAGAGAUU